AUGUCGAGAGAUCAACAAAUGAGAAAUAUUCGAGAUGUAAUGAAAAAAUUGAAAGAAAGUCAAAAGAUAGAGUAUAAAUUGCCUAAAAAAAAAAGGAAAAUUAUGCAGGGACUUGCUUUACGAAAUGGUCAUUUGGAACCUAUUGCUGAAGAAGAUGAAGAAUUUAUGGAAAAAUCUGAAGAAGACAGUAGGGAAGGUGAAAAAAGGGAAACUUUAGCGGAUGAGGAUUCGGUCGUAAGUGAGGAUGGAAGUGAAGAUAUAAGUGAGGAAGAAUCAAAACCUCCAGAGAAACGAACGUUACCUGAAAUUAAAGGAAAACAAAAAGAAAUUACGGGCUAA